AUGGCAUCACUGUUUUAUCAAGUUUUGGGGCAGAGAUCCUUGCAGUUACAGAAACCGAACACCGGCAGCCGAGGAGCUUCACUAGGAGCCAUACCUUUCCUUGAUGUGCAGAAAAAGCUGGGCAUUAGCCUAUACCGUCACCAAAGUGUUCAGCAGCCCUUCAAGAUUCCCUCUCGAUGCCAUGCUUUUUCAAAGGAGUGGAUAGAGUGUGCACAUGGAAUUGGCGCUACCCGGGCUGAAAAGGAGUACAAGAUUGAAUUUGAAGAUUUUGAAGAGUGUUUGCUGCGGUACAAAAGGAUAAAGCGAAUUAAUCAGAUCAAGUGACAGCGAGAUAAGCUAGUCAAGUAGGGGAAAUACACCCCUCCACCUCACCAUGCGGGCAAGGAGGAGCCCGGGCCCUGA